AUGAAAAAUAUUGUAAAUAUUUUGGAUAAAUUAGAAAUAGCCGAGGACCUCAGUUUUUCUGCAAUUAAAUGGACAGCAUCAAAUUGGCCAAGAUGGGGAGCAGUUUCAUCGGGCGUAUGGCGAUCGGGAUCAGAUUCAGGCAAAGGAUCAUCAUCGCCAAAUGGAGAGGGUUUCAGUUGUCAGGCUUGUGGCAGAGUUUAUAAAUUAAAGAGCAGUCUUCGCAAUCACACCAAGUGGGAAUGCGGUAAAGAUCCACAAUUUCAAUGUCCCCAUUGUGUUUAUCGGGCAAAACAAAAAAUGCACAUUGCUCGUCACAUGGAGCGAAUGCAUAAAGACAAACGUUAUCAGGAAGAAGUGGUACAAAGAAGUUCAAAUUACAUAAAGGUUCGCGCGUUUUUUUCAAAAGAAGAUGACAGUUACAAAAUACAAAUUCCUUGCCCGAUUUCUGAACGACCGUUUAACUGCAACCAAUGUGGUAAAAGUUAUGCCUGGAAAAUAUCACUGAAUCGUCAUCUACGCGAGGAAUGUGGACAAAUGCCAAAACAUUCUUGUUAUAGUGAUGCUGAGACUAAUGCAAAAACUUGGGGACGUCAUAUGUGUCAAAAUUGUGGAAAGGGAUAUAAAUGGUUGCAAUCUCUAGUGAGACAUAAAAGAGAAGAAUGUUGCAAGGAGCCACAGCAUCCCUGUCCAAUUUAUCAUAAUGAAAUGGAUAUUAUCGAUGAAUGUAAAUUCAUUAUUGUACCAUUUGGAUUAAAAGCCAGCAAUAUUACAAAUCCAAAUAGAAACGAGGUUAUUUUAAAUCCAGUGAAUUUAUUUGAAGAAGCAAAUUCAUCUCGUGGAUAUACAACUGCAAUUGAAGAUCAACAAUUUCUUUGUGGAGAAUGUGGUAAAGGUUACAAGUGGAUGGAUAAUUUAAGGCGACAUCAAAGACUUCAUUGUGGUAAAAAAAAGAAUUUGUUCUGUCCACAUUGUCCUAAAGCAUUUUACAGAAAGUACGAGUGGAAAAAUCAUUUAGCAUCGAAACAUAAUGAAUAUUAUGUAGAAAAUAGUAAAUAGGUAAUUAAAAAAUAAAAACCAUUUAUUUUAUUUUUUUUUUCGAAAUAUAUGAAAGAAAUAGGUUCUUUAAUUAAUCAGAUAAAAUAAUUAAUAUAAAAUUGACGAAAUAUAACAUAUUAUGUAUAAUAUAAUAUAAUACUAUGUAUAUAUUUUAUAAUUAUAAGCUAUAUAUCUACCUAUAUUACAAAAAGAUAUCGCCGCCAACGCCGCCGCUGUUUCAAGACUCUGAAUAUAGCCGCAAGUCAUGAGAAG